UACGAAAUGCCUUUUUUUUUGUUCCUCUUUUUGAAAACCUGGAGAUUUGUUUCGUUCCGUUUCUUUGUUGACCCGAUUAGGGUUUUCUUUGAAUCUCCAUAAUUUGCGCCGUGAGAUCUGGAGCGCAAUCAAGGUAACUGGCCCUUCUGGGUGUGCUUGCAUUCGAUUUUUUCUCUGGCGAAAGGCGUGAGCUUUUGCUUCUCUUCUACUUUUUGGCCUCGUUUCUUUUUUGCGCUCGUCUGCUGGACGAUGUAAUUGAUCGUGCGUUUGACGAAACUGUGAAAUCGGAGAAUCGUUUUGGUGAUCUUUGGUCGAAUUUCUUAGUACAGUCUCGAGGGUUUAGCUCAGGAGAAGGUUGGCUGGCUCUAGGAUUAGGGAUAUUGCUUCUGAGCUUAUGAAUUUGGGUUUUCCUACUGAAUCUUUGGUUUGAUCCUGGAUUGGAUUCAGGUUUCCGAGGUGAAUUAGGGAUGUAUGGUCGGAGUUUGGAUCUCUCUUGAUCGCUCUCGGUCCUUGCUUUGGUGGAAAUCUAGAUACUUGCUGCUACAGUUUCGCUUAGGCCAGAACCAGAUCUAGGUUUAGCUGUGAUAAGGUUGAUUUUUUUCUGAAUUUGUUGAAGGAUUCGUCUCUUGGGUGUUAUCUGAGACUCUGAUUUGGUUAGUAAGUCUGAUAUAGAAGAGGACUUGGUGUAGCGAACUGAGCUUUCCCCUGAUGGAUAACUCGAGGCAAAGGCAAAGCGACCAUUUGGGUGUGAAUAAGAUCGGGAAGAACAUUAGGAAGAGUCCUUUGCACCAACCGAAUUUUGCUAAUGCUAACACUGCGAGGCCACAGCCACAGCCUCAGGUUUAUAACAUAAGCAAGAAUGACUUUAGGAGUAUUGUUCAGCAGCUAACGGGUUCGCCAUCACGUGAAAGCCUUCCUCGGCCUCCUCAGAACCCGCCAAAGCCUCAGAAUACACGGUUGCAGAGGAUAAGGCCGGCACCGCUGACUCAGAUUAGCCGGCCUCCGGUUCCUCCCCAUGCUAUGGCUCCUCCUCCGGUUCCUGCUCAGUUUAACAGUAACUUUGCCAGGCCACCGCCUCAACCUUAUGCCCGGCCAUUGCCACAAGCUAUGCAACCGAUGACAGGUCAUGGGGAUCAGGCUUGGUCUAAUACAGCUGAGUCUCCUGUUUCUGUGUAUAUGCGUUAUCUUCAAAGUUCGAUUGCUGAGUCAGGACCCGAUGGAAACCAAGUACAGCCAGCUCACGAUUCCCAGCCACAUAUGCCAGCUCAAUCUCAACCUCCGCCUCAAACCCUUAUGCCGGGUCAUCCUCAACCUCAGUACCGUGUGACGGGUCAACCUCAAAUGCAGCCAGCAUCAUAUGGAGCAGUUCCUUACGCAGCCAUGCCGGUUCAACCAAUGCCACCCAAUCUUCCUUCCCCGAGGUUUAAUGGUCCUGUACCGGUCAUGCCUGCUUUGCCCUCUCCCCGGUUUAAUGGCCCACCCCAACCGAUACACGGUCUUCCUUCUCCACAAUUUAGCGGUCCUGGGCUACUACCUUCCCCUACUUCCCAGUUCCUCCUGCCAUCUCCCACCUCUUACCCGAACCUUUUCUCCCCAAGAUCAUCUUAUUCUUACCCAUUGCUGUCACCCGGAGUUCAAUAUCCUCCACCACUAACACCGACCUUCACAUUUUCUCCUAUGGGUCAAGCCGGAGUUCUUGGUCCAUUUCCGAGCCCUCAACCUCCUCCAUCCCCAGGUCUCUUGUUCCCGUUAUCGCCAUCUGGGUUUUUUCCAAUGUCAAGUCCUAGAUGGAGAGAUCACUAGGAGAGGGUGAUCGUCUUCUUCGAGUUUUCUUUUUUGUUGAAUAAGGUAAUCUGGUGAUGUCUUAACCCUGUUUAGGCUAAUGUUUGUAUAAUGAGAAGAGAGAAAUCUUAUGAGCUUACAGGAUGGGAGAGGAGAGCCAGGGCUGUGAGACAAUAAAGGAGAGUCCUAGGACAAGGCAGGUUUAGAAACAUGUAAUUUUUUGUAGCUUUUAAAGGGUGAUAGGCAAAAGAUUUAGUUGGUGGAUGAUUUUUUGUAUUUUGUACCUUUUGUUUGUUGGUGAGGAAGGAACUUGCUCCCUCUCUCUCUCUCUCUGUUGGGCAUUUUGGCUCAAUGUUGUGAAAAAUAUGUACAUUUACUAUUGGGGAAAGGUCCCUUAAAGAAUAUUUUGUUUUUGUUUUA